AUGGCGGGUCUGACUAGGAAGAAUGUUCAUCCACUGCUCCGCUCUGUAAACGGGAAGCGCCAUGCGACCGAUGAUGAUCAUGAAGAGCCGGCAGGAAAGAGACGAGCGGACAACAAGACAUUUCCUGCAAAGGAACAAGAAGAAAUCGAUAUCAAUGCCGAUCCACUGACCUCCGACGAUGAAUUACGUGCUCCCCCACCACGACCAGCCAAGUCCUCGAAACCCACUAUGCCAGCACCUCGCAACGUGGAUACGGAAUUGAAGAGACCCCAGAGGAAGCCUGCGAAGAAGAAUGCAUCAAUACGAGCACCAACCAGGGGUGCAUUCAAGAAUAGCCAAGAACUCAAAGUGGGAGAUGGGCAAACUGAAGACAAGGAGAAUACUCUCGCAUCUUCCCAAGUGUCAACAAGCGACGGGCUAAUCCAGUGGGGUAUGGAACAUGUCUCUCAGAAGAAUAACAAGAAUGCGAAAGGAUACGGUUCAAAAACAAAGAAUAUACAUGUACCAGCACCAAAGAAUUUUGGGAAAGGCCCAUCCAAACCUGCUGUGCGAACAUAUGGAUCAGCAAGUCAAUCAAAGAGCAAGCAACCAAGCCAGGAUUCUAACAGUGACUCAAGUGUCUCCAUGUUGGAUGACGAUGAGCUGCAAGAGCUCGCGGAAGAACUGGGUGAACCUAAUUUGUCCGAUGACGACGAUUUACGGAGAUUGAAAAAAGCCGCAAAAUCAGCCCAACUACUGAAACAACUCAACUCCUGGAAAGAAAACAACGACCCCCCUUCCUCGCAACCCGACUCAAGCGCCGCCCAAGACCACCUCAACGAAGUAAGCAACUACAUCGAGCACCUCCCAGAAAUUGAAGAAGAAGGCACCCGCUGCCCCCUCUGCAGCCACCCCGUCUCCCCCUCCGACUACUGGACCUUCUGGACCUCCAAGCCCAAAACCGUAAAACACAAAUCCGCAUUCUGCCACCUCCAUAAAAAGCUCUCUGCACAACAAGCCUACACAUCCGCGGGUUACCCACUUAUAAACUGGGCCCUCCUCCCCCGCCGCCUCAAGUCUCACAAAUUUACUCUCCGCCAGAUCUUACUGAACGAGCGCCCCAGCCCCCACAGAUCCAGAUAUGAACCUGUGGCUCUAACGGGGAAAGCAGCCUCUAUCCCUUCUAAACGUACAGAUUUAUCUCCGUCCCAUCAGGCUGAACUCGAGGCUUACGCCCUGGACGAUCGCGCUGCGUACCCGGGCUACUACGGUCCCCACGGCCGCCGCCUCAUCACUGAGAACAUUCUCGACCUCCUCAAAGAUGAUAUCAAGGGGUGCGGUGAUGCGGUUGUGCAGGCGUCCGGUGUCGCAGUGUUUGUGCAGCAGGUUAUGGUGCCCGAGGCGGCGGUCUUGCUUAUUAUGGAGGAUUGUGGGGUUGGGUGGGAAGAGGCUGAGGGGGUGAGGGAGGAGACGUACGAGAUGGGCGUGCUGGUUAAUGAGGAGAUUGAGGAUGAGGUUGUUGCGGAGGAGAGUGAGGAGGAGGAGGAGGAGGAGGAGGAGGAGGAGGAGGAGGAGGAGGAGGAGGAGGAGGAGGAGGAAUAUUAG